AUGGUGCGCACUUGUUUUGACUCUAAGGCCCUCAGCUCUUCAGAAUCUUCUUCUUCUCUCCCAAACUCCGAGGAAGAUGCAUCAGAUGUGCGGCAGGCCCCACGUGCGGCGGCAGGAACAGCAGCAGCAGCACCAGUUGGUACAGAUGAGUGUCCUGCGUUGCUGCCCAUGACGGAAGAAGAUUUCGUGCUUCUUGACCGCCUGGAACGCCGCGUAGAUGCGCAGAGUUUCGCCACUGUCCUAAAAGCAUAUUUAAUAGUGCGCAACAGAGUUGCAGCAAUACGAGCAGACAGAGAAUUCAAACAAAAUCAGUUAGGCCUCCCUGCCGCCAAGCAAGGGCACGGGGGCCCCCACACGGGGUGCCCCCCUUCGGGGGGCCCCUCCUCUGGAGGCCCCGCAUCCGCAGCAGCAACAGCACCAAUAGCGCCGUUGAAGAAAUGCAGCAGUCGCGUUGCGUUGAUGAAUGUGCACAGACACCGCAGCGACUCGUUGGGCCUCCAUGAAAUGGGGGAAGAGCAGGAGAAGCAGAAGCCGCGUUUGAUUCGUCGUCUAUGGCUGUUUAGAAAGAACAGCAGCGAAGAUCAGCCCUCCAACAACAGCAGCAGCCCAGCAGCAGCAACAGCAACAGCAGAGUAUCCUAAGAGCAUGAAGGCGUGGGAGGCGAGCAGCAACGACCUGCUGGAGCAGCGGCUGUCUUUUCUUGGGUGUCGCAGCGUGACUUCUGUUGGAGACGGAAAUUGUCAGUUUCGGUCUUGUGCUUUAAAUCUGUUUGGUAGCGAGAGGUUUCAUAUGCUGGUGCGGCGCGAGGCGGUGGCGCAGAUGCAGAGACAGCGUGAGGUGUAUGCGCAGUUUUUCGAGAGCCCCCAGCUCCUAGACCGCUAUUUGCGUGAUAUGAACAGAAAAGGAACAUGGGGUGAUGAACUGUCUCUACGUGCAAUUGCGGAUGCCUUCUGCUGCUCUAUUCACCUCAUCACUUCAACUCCUUCUAGCUGGUACCUCCGCUACGACCCAGAGAGAGGAGGAGAAAAAGUGCAGCCCAAGCGACACCUCUUCUUAACUUAUAUCUCCCCUAUACAUUACAAUGCGUUUGCCCUGAAAGACACGAAAUGUGCAGCAACAGCAGCAGAAACACCCAACACAGAACACAUGUAA